AAACUAAUGAAAAAUGGAAUGAAACUACAAUUACUGAAAUCUGUGAAGCUUAUUUUAAGAUAUUGAAAAAAGAACGUAACACUACCCUGGCUGCAAAAAAGUUGAAUGAUCAAUCUGCCCUAAACAAAAUUCCUGAAAGCAAUUUAAAUUAUCCUAAAAUUGAAGUUGAAAGAUUAUUUUCUUUUGAGGCAACAUCCCCGGAGGUGUCUGAUGCUAAAGAGAUUCCAAUAUCUGGCUCUGAUGAUCUAAAUAUACCUCAAAGAAAAUUAUUAGUACCGGUUCUUCCUUGGAUAAGCGACGAG